AUGGCUUUUACCGAUUCUGCAGCGGCCACGGGCGCGGCCAAGACCGUCCAAGACGUCGACACGGACCACCGCUUGUCUAUUCUGUCUGUUGAUAACGAGGAUGAUCGAGACCUUCUCAAAUUGGGCUACCGAGCCGUCUUGGCCCGCGGCUGGGGCUCGUUCGAUAAUUUUGCCUGUUCGUUCUCUGCAUUGUACUGCAUUGGAGGCAUCCGUGUGCUGUUCUAUAUUGCAUUGAGUGCAGGCGGGCCUGCGGCACUAUGGAGCUCUUGGGUAACCGGUAGCAUCCUCUCCAUCAUAACCGCCGCCUGCAUGGCCGAGGCAUGCUCCGCCUAUCCCGCUGCCGGAUCUAUAUAUUAUUGGGCAUUUAGAUCUUGGGGUGGCGGACGCAUUGGUCGCUUCGUCUCCUUUCUGGUUGCGGCUUGGACUCUCGUCGCAUGGACGGCUUUCUUGGCCAGUGAUUCUUUUGGUGUCGCGAACUACCUGGUCUCCGAGGUGGUGGUUUUCAACCCGCAAACAAGCUUCCCACACGACACCUCAGACGUGCGUGCACGAGCAAUCGCCUGGGCCUUUUCACUUCUGUUUCUUGCAAUUGCGACCUCGUUGAACUUUCUCCCAUCGCGUAUGUACUCCUGGGUGUUCCGAGCAGGAGUCAUCGUCAUCAUCGUUGACAUGCUGUUGAACUUUAUCUGGCUGCCAAUUGGUGUCUCGAAGACAUACGGGUUCCAGUCAGCCGAGUUUGUUUUCACGUCGACUUACAACGGGGGCGAUACCUCGUCUGGUCUCAACUGGGUACUGUCGUGGUAUCUCGUCUCGAGCUGUCUCGUGGGCGAGGAUGCGUCCGGUCAUGUUGCAGAAGAAACCAUCUCCGCUAAGAAAGCUGCCGCGAAGGGAGUCUUCUGGGCUACCGUUGCCUCGGCGCUGUGUGGAUUGCCCAUCAUUAUCCUGUUUCUUUUCUGCAUGCCGUCAAUCGAGACCUUCUACGAUACUACCGCGCCUCAGCCGUUCAUUAACAUGUACGCAAUGGCGCUUGGUCCCCAUGCUCAUGUGGUGAUGACCAUCGUGUCCAUGAUUGGUGCUAUUCUCAACACUUCGAUUUCGCUGGUGGCGGUGUCCCGACUCGUCUUUGCCGUCGCUCGUGACGGCGUUUUCCCCUUCAGCGAUGUCCUCUCUCGGGUAUCAAAGUCGAAGCAGCCUCAUAACGCUGUCAUAUUCAUCUCCACCAUCGCCGCUCUCCUUCUAUGCACCCAGCUGCCUUCUCAAGUCGCCUUUUCUAGCUUGAUCUCAACCUCUGCUGCUGGUUCGAUUGCGGCCUAUGGCUUGGUCGGUCUGGGCCGCACAUUUAUCACUCGCAAGACCUUCCGUCCUGGCUUUUGGGACAUGAGUUGGUUUGGUGUGGUAGCUGCUGUUGUGACGUUUAUCUGGAACGGGUUUGCUUUCGCUGUGCUGUGUGCUCCUCAGUAUUCCAAUGCUGCUAUCGACCAGGAUUCGAGUCUGUUCAAUUAUGCGAUCGUGAUCAUGGGUGGCGUCACUAUCAUCGCACUUGCAGAGUGGUGGCGAAAGUCCAAGGAGGAGUGGUUCCAGCAUCUCAAGGUUGUUGAUUCUUCGUCGGAGGCAGACUCCGCUGUUCAAGAUGAGAGGACAACCUCUGCCACCAACGCCCCAACUGUAUAG